CUAACUGCAGGUUCCAGUAUGCCCUGGCCAGGGGUGGAUGUAUGCACUUCAGUUGUUCCCAGUGCAGGUAUCAGUUCUGCAGUGGAUGCAACAACCCCUUCCACACAACGUGUGCAGUGAACCAGUGUACUGUGACAGGUCUGCAUGCCCAUCACCCCAGAGACUGCCUCUUCUACCUCCGAGACUGGGAGCCCGCCAGGCUUCAGGCCUUACUGCAGAAAAAGGGGGUGAACUACAAUACUGACACUGCACCAGGAGCACAGACUGGUGUGUGUGGAGUGAUCGAGCAGAAAGAUGAAGGGCCUCGUCCAACUGAUUCGCCGUGUGGGGCUCAGACUCAGCCAGCCCAGGCAGGACUCUGCGAGUGAGUGACGACAUUG